ACAUGUUUUUUUAUUGGCUCUAUAAAUUCCCACCAAUCUGACAAAGCUCAGUAGAUUCUUUUCUUUAAACUACCUACUUAGAAGUUAUCAAUCUAUCUCCUUCCCCCUCUUUUCCGAUCUCUGUUGUGGAGAACACCACCAACAUCAACUCCAUUAACAAUUGAAGUUGGAGAAAUGGCUAUCUGCUUUCUGUUUCAUAUUUUCCUUCUCUUACUAACACUCGCCAAUGCAAAUGUAGAAGGUGAUGCUCUGUAUGCAUUAAGAAGAGCAGUGAAUGACCCGGAUAAUGUGUUGCAGAGCUGGGAUCCGACCCUGGUGGAUCCUUGUACUUGGUUUCAUGUCACUUGUGACUCUGAAAAUCGGGUCACCCGACUUGAUCUCGGAAAUGCCAAGCUGUCUGGAAAUAUAGUUCCUGAGUUGGGGAAGCUUGAACGUCUCCAGUACUUGGAACUAUACAUGAACAACUUAGUGGGUUCAAUUCCACCAGAAAUUGGAGGUCUUAAGAGCCUAGUAAGUCUUGAUUUUUACCACAAUAACCUCAGUGGCACUAUUCCUCCAUCUCUCUCCAAGCUUUCCAAUCUCAGAUUCCUCCGACUCAAUGGGAACAGACUGACAGGAAGAGUACCAAGGGAACUUACCAAGCUUGCAAAUCUCAAGAUUAUAGAUGUGUCCAACAACGAUUUAUGUGGCUACAUUCCGACCUCCGGCUCCUUCUCUAAGUUCACUGAGGAAAGUUUUAAGAACAACCCAAGACUAGAAGGACCUGAGCUUAUGGGAUUUGUGAGAUAUGACACAGGAGGCUGCAACUAAAGCAUAUGUGAGCAGAGUUAAUCUCCUAGAUUAGUAAUUGUUUUAAAUUAAUAUAGCUGCUAGAAGAGCAAAAAUAUCUAUAGGUUUGUGUAUGGAGGAUCUUGCUCCGUGAUUACCUUCUCUUCAUGUAGUAUAAAUGUUAAUACCUCACGGUUCCACUCUACUAGCGUAGUCCUUUUCCUUUCUGUACCAUUUUUGUGGCAGUACUCCCUCAAUGAAGGGUAGCAAUCUAACUUUUAAACUUGUAAUGUUAUUUUUAAUAGUAUGCUUUCUUUAUAAUCA